GAAAAUAAUAUUAGGUUUAUUUCAACCAAGUUUAACGCGCAGAUUUCAAAACUUUUUUCCUUUUUUCGAUACGAUAUCUAGUUCAUGAAAUAUUCGGUUUUAAAUUCGGAAUUUCGCACACUUCGAUGGCAGAAUUUGAACGCGGUCAGAAAUUUGGCGCCAGAAGUCUGUGACGUCAGAUGUUGGACAGAAUAAGCGUGCUUUGUUGUGUUAGAUUGCCACCUACACGUUAAGUGCGAAAUGAAAUCCGCUUGCAAUAAUUUCCUGUUGUUUACUUCUGUGACAAAUUAUCAGCUUUUUUGAAUAACUGUUGAAUACGUAUUCAGGAAAUUUCGUAAAGGUAAUUUUUGGAGGAUUUACGUUUGCCAAUAGCUUGCACAAUAAUGCCGUCACGUCCCUCAACUUCCAUACUAAUCUUUGUAUGCAUGAUUAUGUGCGUUGAUUAUUGAGAUUUCCGACUUUUUAAUAAUUGAAAAAACCUUUUGAGUUCACAAAAGUAUAAAAUAGGGGCGUAAGAUGCAGUUUUUAGUUCAGAGCAUCAGCUCAAAACAACGAGAUUUGAAACAAGAUUUCGAAUUCAAAUCAAUAAGUAUGCAAGAAUCUACAAGGCCGAUAAACAAAAAAGUGAAACGUGGGGGGCAAUAUUGCGUUGCCGGAUUACCAAAUGGGGAGAGCUGUACAAACAGUAGUUUGACGCCAGGUAUUAGUAUGCACCGUUUUCCAAGUAAAAACCUCGAUUUGCGAAGGCAAUGGAUUCGUUUCGUCAGAAGACAUCGUGCCAAUUUCAAUCACCAAGCCUACUCGAUCGGCCCUUACCUGUGCUCAGAUCAUUUUGAGCGCUCUUGCUAUGAAAAACCGUUUGCUUUAGAGCUUCCUGGUUUUGACAGUUCCAAAACGAAGAGGACUUUAAAAAAGGAUGGUAUUCCAACUGUAUUCGACACACGAGGACGAAGCCAGGCAUUUAGUGAAUCGUCUUCAAAGGUGGCAAGAAACAGAAGAACUUUGUUAAGAGGAAUCAAACAGCACGAACACGCUAACAAAAAUGAAUGUGCUUCAGGACAGUUCGAUGAAGAGAUAGAAGAGGUUGAGGUAGGCGAAAAUGCGUUCACAAUUGGAGACUCUUUCACCAUCGGGGAACAGCACAACGAUUCUGAAGAACAUGUAGACGUUGUUCCAUUGCAGUGCCAAGUUCAUCUGACAGGUGCCCCCGUACACACAUGCCCCACAUGCAUAACCCCUCAACGAGAAGAGGUUCAAGGAAAUAUUAGAACACAUACGGCAAUACAGGUGGCAAUGAUGUGCAAGAAAUGCACUGAAACACGGAAAAAAAUUCAGAACCUAAGACGUCAGAACAACAGGCUAAAACAUGUUAUAAGGACACUACGGGAAGGCAGCGAAAAGAAUGAAGAUAGCGGUAACCCUAUUCCUGUUGAGGAUAUACUUCAUGCUGAAGAGUCAAAUGAAAAUUUAUCAGAAGACGAGGACAGCGAAUGGAAAGUUGAUGAAGCAGACAGUUCUCCUGGUGACAUGUCAGAUAGUGAUGGGACUGAUUUUGAUGAUUAUGAUUAUGAUGAUACACAUAAAAAGAGGCAACAAGUGAGAAUUGACCAAAAUGCAACUCCAGAAAAAGAACCCAAGUUUAUUGUAUUUUAUACAAUGCUACUACAAGUCUUUUCAAUCCUCUGUUUCAAGUGUAAAAAAACUAAGCCAGGAGUCAGAAUGGAGCAGAAUGGGACAAUGGUAACUGUUUAUCAGAGUUGCAUCGAAUGUGGGAAAGACUGUUGGAAAUGGAGGUCACAACCAUACGUUCUUGGUCGUUAUCCAGCUGGUAACAUCUUGCUUAGUCUCAGCACUCUUACAGCAGGAGCAUCAAUCAGCAAACUGCUAUUAAUUUUCAGACACUUCGGCCUUGCCACUUACAGUGCACAUACUUUUUUCCGUCAUCAAAAAAAGUUUGUUUUCCCUGCAAUUCUCCGUCACUGGGAGCUAUAUAGAGCAUCAUUGCUGACUGAGCUUCAUGGUGUUAAAGACAUUGUCCUAUGUGGCGAUGGUCGAUUCGAUUCGAUGGGGCAUUCAGCAAAAUAUGGCACUUACACGAUGUAUUGUGACAAUAUAAAAAAAAUCAUACACUUUGAAUUGGUUCAGUCAAAUGAAUGCAAAGGUAGUUCCAAUAUGGAGUUGCUUGGUGCUAAGCGAUGUUUCGGAUACCUAAAUGAUGCCGGGAUAGAGGUCUCCAAUUUUAUAUCAGACAGACACAGAGGAGUGGCCAAAUGGAUAAGGGAGUCUUUACCACAUGUCCAUCAUUAUUAUGAUAUUUGGCAUGUUGCACGCACCUUAACCAAGAAGGUAACAAUAGCUAGCAAGGAGAGAAAUUGUGAGAUAUUGGGUACCUGGUGUUCAACAAUCCGCAACCACCUCUACUGGUGUGCAACAUCGACAAAGGAAGGUUUUGGGAAACUCAUUGUCGCAAAAUGGAAGGCUUUCUCAAAUCACAUCCAGAACAAGCACAACAACCACGAAGACAAACUGUUUCAGAGGUGUGCACACGGAGAACUAGAUCAUAAACGUAGAUGGAUUCUCAAUGGAACUACUGCAUAUGACAAGAUUCAGCCAAUUCUAAUGAAUCAAAGCCUUCUACAAGACAUUGCAAAAUUGUCAUCAAAUGCACAAACCAGCUGUCUCGAGGGAUACCACUCUACACUGAACCAAUGGCACCCAAAGAUGACACAUUACUCCUGGAUUGGCUCUCUGUGCAGGCAUAUAAUGGCAGUUUCACAUUUCAACGAAAACCUGCACAGGGAAGCACAAAAAGACAAAAAUGGAAAGGAAUAUUUCAAAGUUUCUUAUCCUAAAUAUAAACUUGGCGAAGAAGCAGUAAAACCUGUUCCAGUCCCUCCAUCUUACAAUUACGUUGAGCAUACAAAAUAACUUUUAUUUAAAUCAAACGAAGAAGAACUUGGCCAGAUUUGGAAAAAGUAUGCUGAUAAGAUGCCUGCAUCCUUGGUGAGCAGAUUUGAAAGAACAAAAAGUAAGAAAGAGGCUGUAAAAGAAUAUAAAAAAAGGAGAACACUAUUUCAACCAUUAUACCCUUCAGGUAAUAUACUUAUUUGGCCAGAAAAUAAUCGUUUUAUUUGCCUUUUCAUUUAAAGUUUUGUUGAUUAAUCAUUAAAACUGUAUGAUGAAAAAUUUUGCCAUUUUUUAUUCUAAAUUUAAUAAUCAAUGUUUAUCUUACCAGAAAAUGAUCAAUACAAACUCCAAGAAGAUUUGGUAGCUGAGCAAGCAUGCAACAGAGCUGAUCGUUUGCCAAAAAGAAAGGCCCCUUCAUGCAAAAAAUGUGGCCAAUUGAUGAAAGGACAUUCUAAGACUUUAU